AUGGUCGACUUCGGGCAGAUUUCAAAAGAGGUGUACGCCCUUGCGGCUCAGUCGGACUCGCUCUCGCAGCUUGUCACAGAGGCCUCGCUGCAUAGACGAUGCGCUCGAUUCAUUUGGUCCGGACCAUGUAUCCUCAGCUUCAACGGCGGGAAGGACUGUACAGUCCUUCUCCAUCUCCUCGUAGCGUCCCUCGGCCGACGAGGCAGCCUGGCAUCCCGACCGAUCCCUGCUGUCUGCAUCCCGUGCCCGAUUGACGAGCCGGAGCUUCCGGUCGAGACUGUCGCUGGGCCUGCGACGCCCGGAGCGACAAACGGUGUCAUCUCUGGGACGGGCGCGAAGCUGAAGGCGAAGGGAGGGGAAGGGAUGAAGCGUGCGUUGGAGGCGUACAGAGACGAGUUCCCACACAUCGGGCGAUAUUGA